AUGUGUGGCCUCAGCUGAGGAUCUGAACUCUCAAAUUUCUCCCCAUCACCAAUACUGGCCAAGCCUAUCUGGAUGACGAGUGUGACAGGAUACAUGAAGCCAUUGUGAAGGCUGAAAAUUGCAGGUGUGGGAUUGUCUGACACAUCAAGCUGAAGCUCACAGCUGUCUGUUCUGUUGAUUUAAGUGACCUUCACAUAUACUAAAGAUGGCAGUAAACUGGCCUGGGCUCCUGUCCAUAGGAGUGUUUUACAUCAUUGUACUGGGUACAGGCAUUUGGGCGUCUAGGAAAGCCAAACGGGAGGAGAAGAAAUGCACUGAGAGUCGCAGUGAAGUUGCAAUGGUUGGAGGACGAAACCUGAACAUUUUGGUCAGCAUCUUUACUAUGACAGCCACUUGGGUUGGAGGGGGCUACAUUCUGGGUACUGCUGAAAUGGUCUAUGACCCUACAAAAGGGCUGGUGUGGGCUGUGGGACCCCUUGCCUUCUCCUUAAACCUGAUUCUUGGUGGAAUGUUCUUCACCACACCAAUUCGGUCAAAGAAUUACGUAACUCUCAUGGAUCCUUUUCAAGAGAAAUAUGGAAACACUGUAGCUGCUGUACUCUUUAUUCCUGUUAUACUGUCAGAUAUCUUUUGGACAGCUUGCAUUCUUGCUGGACUAGGAGGAACAGUGGGUGUGGUCAUGGAUAUCCCCUCCUCAGUGGCUGUGUGCAUCUCUGCUGCUGUUGCCAUCCUGUACACUGUAUUGGGAGGCAUGUAUUCUGUGGCCUACACUGAUGUGAUCCAGCUGAUCUUCAUGCUCUUUGGACUGUGGAUAUGUGUGCCUUUUAUCCUGACAAGUCCCUCUGCUGCUAACAUCACUGCUGCUGCAGUGAAUAAACUGUACCAGGACCCAUGGGUUGGAAAACUGGAGUUGGAGAAUGCAGGUUACUGGAUAGAUAACUUGCUGCUACUGUCCAUUGGAGGGGUUUGCUAUCAGGCUUUCUACCAGCGAGUACUGUCUGCAGCCACAGAUGCCCAAGCUAAGAUCACCUGUUACAUUGGAGCAGUCUUAUGUCCUAUCCUCGCCAUCCCAUCAAUCGUUGUUGGGACUGUGGCUGCAUCUACUAAUUGGAACCAGACCACCUUUGGGUCACCCAGCCCUUAUGAACAGGGUAAAGCUGGUAUGAUUUUGCCAAUUGCCCUUCAGCAUCUCUGUCCAUUCUAUGUUUCUCUGAUUGGUAUGGGGGCACUUGCUGCAGCAGUAAUGUCAUCAGUCGACUCUGUUCUUCUGUCUGCUGCCUCCCAACUGGCCCGAAAUAUCUACAAGAAUAUCAUUUGCAGACAGGCAUCAGAGAAGAGUGUCCUUGUGGUGGUUAAAGUAUCAGUUCUCCUGUGUGGUGUGAUCGGGGCAUGUCUAGCUCUGACAACGUCCUCUGUUGCCCUUUUUUGGAUCCUCAGUUCAGAUGUGUUGUACUCAAUGAUGACUCCUCAGGUGAUAUGCAUCCUCUACUUAUCCCAGUGGGUUAACGUCUAUGGAGCCUGUUGUGGGUUUGUGUUUUCACUACUACUGAGAGGUUUGGUUGGGGAGCCCAUGGUGGGCCUUCCUGAUGUGCUGCCUCUGCCAUGGGACAGGAUCCAGGAGGAUGGACACAGAUAUCGUCUGUUUCCAUUCCGCACUGCCAUCAUGCUCCUCACAUUUGUUGUUAUUUUACUGGUAUCACAAAUGUCUAUCAGGUUGAAGGGGAAGAAAUUACUGACAAAUGAUGCAGAAAUGAAUGAAAUGCAUGACCUGGGACCGAACCAGAAAAAUGUGGAAGAAAAUGAAGCACUGAAUAAAGAUGAGGAGCCUUCCUAUCCUGCAUAGGAAACAUUGGUUAAGUGAUAUUUGUGUAGAAUGUGGGCAGUGUUUUCAACCAGGGCUUUGUUUUUUGGUAAAAAUUAAUCUGUUCUUUUGUAUGAUUUGUAUUACGCUUUUUACAUGUUUUUGAAAAUGAAACCCAAAAAAAUUACAUAAUCAUUGCUGACCUGCCAUAGUCUCCUGCAUAGGAGACGGUAAAAAUGUAGAAUUUGGCGGGUGUGGGCACUGUUCUUUAUUUUCUUACAGGACGUAUUUAUCAAAUAUGAAAUGUAUCCAAAUAAGUGUUAAAAGUCAUCAGCACAUCAAAUGAUCUGUUUUA